CAUGAUACGCUACUUGGCGAGCUUAUUGUGGGGUAUGGUUGUGGUGAAUUUAGGUACUUUUGUUUUUCUAUACAAAUAAUCAGCGAAAAGAAUGAUUUUAAGGACACAGUUUUUCAUCUUCACUACCAUCUGGCGAGCUGGCAGGUCUAGCGAAUCCCGCCCAAGGUGUACUGCAUGAAGCGCUGAAACCAAACGGGCGCGAAACAUUAGACGACUGUCACCUGCGCUUUUACAGCUUUGGAAGCGGUGGGGCGGUGGCGCCCGCCGCCGGUAGGCCAGCAUAUCUGCGCGAGUUUGCUCACAUAGGCGCGAUCGGCUGGAGCCAGCCCGACGGUACGGUGCGGUGGAGCUGUGGUGGAUCGCUGAUAUGGGAGAACUUUGUGCUGACGGCGGCUCACUGUGCAGCGGACUUGAACAAUGAACCACCGGACGUGGUACGCUUUGGAGAUUUGAAUCUGUACAACGCGACGGACGACCGGUUUGCGCAGCAGUACAAGAUUGCAGAGAUUUUGCCCCAUCCGGCUUCAGCGCCAAAUACCAUGACAUUGCGCUGAUCAAGCUAGAGCAUCGGGUCACGUAAGUGUUGCUUCUUUGUCGAGCAUGUUGUGCUUUCUGUUUGGUCACAGUUGCUUCUAUCUUCGGGGUGGUGGAUAAAUUGAAUGAAACCGUUGCACCCGCCUGUCUUUGGAACGAGGAGGAGCUGCGGUUCGACGUGCUGGAAGCGGCCGGCUGGGGAGCAACCGGUAUCGGUAGGAGUUGUGCUUACGGUUUCGGAAUUACGCUUACGAUACGGCAUCAAUCCCACGUUUAGGGCAAUCCCCGACACUGCUGAAGGUCUCGCUGAAACCGGUCGAGCGAGACCGGUGCGAUUAGUUCUACCGGGUGGGUGAUCGUGGCCUACGUGAGGGAUUGCAAGACUAUCAGCUGUGCGCUGGCGAUGUGAAGAUGGACACAUGUCCGGGUGACUCGGGAGGACCGCUACAGGUGAAGCUGCUGCACAAUGCCAAGGUGACACCGUUCGUUGUGGCGGUGACGUCUUUUGGGAGCGCUUGCGUUCAGUCUACGCCGGGCUCGGAAGGCCGUGAAUCGUUAAGCUUCGACGGAGUGCAUAUCACGAUCGAGGAUUUCCUUUCUACGGUGAAGAUCGGUUGGGAAGAUGCAAAGCUUAAGGCACCGGACUAUUGUUACGGUGUUUUGAUAGACGAAGAUACUGUCCUAACGCUUGCUGAUUGCGCUAGUUCUGAGGGCCAACCAGCCACUCACGUGAUCGUGCUAGAUGAUAUAUGGAAGGAAAUUGUAGGUCUCUACACACAUCCGAACUAUCGUCCAGGAUCACUCUACAGCAAUAUAGCAAUAGUGAAGCUGAAGGACCCAAUCUUCUUCACGUUGCGCUACUUUACGCCCGCAUGUCCCUGGUUUUAUCCGGAACUGCCCGAUCCCGAGUUUGACAUAAAACAUUUAUUAAUAAGUUUUUAA